CAAUCCGUAGCGAAUCCUCACGCUUCGCAUCCCUUUCCUUGUCAUCUUCCUCCUCCUUUCGUUCAUCGCCGCCUCUUUUUUCUUUUUUCUUUUUUUUCUCUCCCCCCUUUUCUGUUUCUUGUAUUCCCUCUGUUUUGCGUUGUUGUUGCUGCCGCCGCCGCUACUACUGCUGCGACUCCUGUUGUCGUCCCCCUAUGCCGCAGUGGGCCUGAUCGAUCUGAUCUUGCCUGACUGAGAUCUGAAUCGGGGUUCUGGCUAUUGUACAUUACCGAGCCUCCUCUUCCUCCAUCGUGGCACGUCCUCCUUGUUGAACCCUUUCCAACCACACCACACCAAUCCUAUCGUCGAACCGUCGACGAGAACAACGACACCACCUCCACCACCUGCGAUCGCCCACCUUCAGAGACGACGGGAACUCUGUCCUAACCGGUCCCGAGCUUUCAAAAGUCAAAUCAGUAACAAGACCUGUCACCUCGAAACUCUCGACCGCUCGAUCGAAACCGACGAGGCUGUCGUCACCUCACGGGGCUCCGGGCAAAACGGCUUUUUAGGCGGUCGUCUUGAGUCACCACGACGAUGGCAGCUUUGGUCCAGACAUACCCUCAACAAUCCGGUACCGUUACAAUGCUCCAGACAAGAAGUGGCUCAGGCUCGGGCAUGAUGUCUUCUCAAGCUCAACCGACCCAGCAAUAUGGUGGUCCUCAGCAGCAGAGAAAUAACUAUCACGGCAUGGCUGGGGGAGCCAACGCUCCCAUGACAUACCGUGGCGCUGCUGCACCAAUCCAGCCCUACGCCUUCACCUCUACACCCAGCCUUCACCCGACGGGUCAAUGGCAGCCUCUCCCGGCUUAUAACCGUGCCUCGUCUUCUUCGGCAGUGCCUACGGUCCAGUCGUUCGACCAGAGCAGUAGCUACCCUCGUGCCCGGCACACCAACAAUGCCUCCCUGCCCAAUCUACCCAUCGGCCUACCGUCUGGCGGGUCCCGAGAUGAUUCUGCCAUACCUCCGCCCGGCACUCGGAGAGGUAGUGGCAACCCCAGACCCCAGUCCGCCUACUUCGCCAACUCCACCGUACAGACCACUUUCACGUCAGCGUCUCCGGCCAAGAACCAGCCAGACCGGUACCGACGACCUGCCCUGCGGACUACCGAGUCUAGCCCGGCAGGACAGCAGGGCCAGUACCAAGGCUCGGCCGCGCCCUCAGGCUCCGGCAUGGCUUCCGUUGCCCACCUGUAUACGCCCCCGCCAAACAUGGGCAGGGAGAGGCGGCCCAGCCCAUCCAAUUCGAGCAGACCGACUAGCUUCUACGCAAAAGUACCGGGCUCAGUAGAUGACAUGCAGCUGGAUGUUAGGCCAGAAGAGACCAGGAGGUUCCGUCGACGCAGCAUGCCGGCACUGGAGGCCGCCGAGGUGCCCAAGUCCUUGGCUGCGCUCGAUCUCAAGAAGCCGGAGAAAUCCACUGGAGAUCGAUCGCCUACAAAGAGCAUCACAGACAAGGAGCAGCAGGCCAAGACUGCGAGGCUGAUCCCCAGCAACAGCUCUGCCAGAAAUGGCAGUUCUGAGACCCCCCCCCCCAGCCCCCUGAACGGAUUGUCCAAUCACAAUUCAAUAUGCAUCUCAGAUCUGUUAUCCAAGGUUACGUAUACGCUAACCAUUACUGUGACCCCCAUAAAGUCUGCCAACCGCAAUAAUGUUCACAACCCUACGGGCAACCCCGCCCAGCUCUCUAAUCCUUCCGACCAGACCUCACAGGAUUACCCAAAACUGGUCACCAUUCCACCCAGGAGCUCAUCUACCGAUGCCUCCAAGCGUCUCGCCAAUCCGUCACCGCUCUCAAAGCCGGUCACGAUGGAUUCCGAGGAGGCAAAGAAGAACGAGUCCUCGAAAGGUGCGGCCCCUGCACCGGCGAGCAAGCCGAGUUACGCCCAGGCUGCAGCAUCUAGCAGCAGCAACAAUGAGAGCCCUGCCGUCAAGCAGUUGGCUGCUCUCAAUCAGAAAGGGGGCAAGCUGAAGAGCAAAACUUCGAGGUUGCGCAGGGCCCUGUCCUUUGGCAGUGCCGCCGAAUUAAGAAAGGCCGGUGCAGCGGAAGGAAGCAAGGGCGCUGGCGAGUCCUCGGGGGCAGCCAAGACGCCGGACAAUGGUGACGAGCUCGAUCCUGAGCAAGCUCGCAUUGCUGAGCAGCAGGAGGCGGCGGGUCUCGGGCAUAAUAUCUACGCUGGCUCCAGAAUGUUCGCAGGGUCAAAUGACAACAUCUCUAUUUCUUCUACCGCCUCGUCGGCCUCGAUUAUGAUUCGGAAGAUGGGCCGCGGGAUGAAGAAGGGCGGUCGUUCUCUGGCGGGUCUGUUUCGACCAAAGUCUGUUAUUGGCAUCCCUCCACCAGAUAGCCCAGAAGCCAGCCAGGCUGCAGUGUCUAUGGUGACUGUGGAGGCGGAGCGGGAGCGCGUGAACGUCAACGCCGAUCCAACCCCCGGCAAUGGCGGUGGCACGGGGUACCCACGACUGGAGAGGAAUUCGAUUGACGCUUCUGCCGCUGCAGGGAGAACGAGCCCCGAGCGAGUUGGGAGUUCUGGAACGGACAAUUCGAACUCGAGGAAGAGCAUCGUUGGUGGCGACCGAGAGAGGGCUGAAGUCCUCGCUGCUGUGCGAAAGGGCAUCUUGAAGUACUCCAACGGAUCCUCUACACCAUCGCCGAAGCCCGUCGAGAAAGGCUCUGCUUUCGAAUUGCCCCCGGUCCCGAUCGUGUCGGACUCGCCCAUCUCCAGCGCUCCCAGUACUCCCAAUGACGAUGCCAGCCAGAAGAGGGCCGAGACUACUACUGUCACUAUUGGCAGCGAGGACUACUUCAUGACAGCCUUGCGCCUUCGCCAGGACUCCAAGAGUGCUCCAGGCACGCCUUCGGGGCAGGGCAAGCGGAACGCGACUUUCAGCCCGCGGAUUGUGUUUUAUGACACGUGGACGGGCCAGGAAUACGACCGUCGCUCGGAGAUUGCAACUUGCAAUCGCCUCACGCCAAUGCUUGCGCAGCAGAUCAAGGAGGAGCUGAACACCUUCAAGAUGGAAAUGGAAGUUCACGAGAGCUCCAAGAUCUAUACUCAUUUCUUCUGA